AUGGUUUACCUUCAACCAACUGAUGUCAACCACUGUUCCUGUGGUAUCGAAGCGGGCUCGGGUACUGGAUUGGAAAAGUACUUGGGGCAGGGUUUGCAAGUACUUGGGGUUCAGGGAACGGGUAAAACGCCUGCCUUCAUUGACGCCUCAUCGAGCGAGGCAAUUUGGUUAAUUUAUCAGUUCGGCAUGGCAACCACUCGAAACCGGCUUCAAUCCACCAAUGUCCACUGCAAAUAUUAUUUGUAA